AUGGGCUCGUCUCAGUCCGCAUCCACGUGUAAGGAAAACAAAAAGUGCAUUGUCGUAGAAAACACCCCCAAAAUAAUAAAUUAUGAUGAAACUGUGCGCCAAUUUCUUUGGUUUCACUUCUUUCGCAAACGUCGGGGACCGAGUGAGAAGGAGAGGACUGAACUUGAGAGAAUAGUGAACGAGGAGAAUGAGACAGAAGUUGAUCUCAAACGUCAGGCGAAAGCCCUCAAAUUUGCUCGAAUUCUCUACUUCAAUGAAGACGUCUCGAAAGCGGAGAAGAAGAAUGAAGCUGAUAGAAAAGCACUUGAACUUGAGAUAAAGCCUAUCCCCAUCCAAUUCCGCAUGUAUGAGUGGGGCAAUCCAGCACCAGUCGAUUUCACUGAAGCAGAAUGUAUUGAGUCACUUGAUGAAAUCGAGUGGCGUAUACAUGUGCAAGAGUACAGUACCUGGAAUAUGUUUACGAAUUUCUAUCAAGAAUUCAUCGAAUUCUCUAAUAAGCCGGGGAUCAUGUCGAUUCUAAGUUGA